AAACACAAAAACUGGCUAAACAUGAGACCUACCAUCGAGUUUGAGGAAUGUCUCAAGGAUUCUCCAAAGUUUAGGCAAUUUGUAUCCAAAGAAGAGACAGAUAUUGAACAUCUGGAACAAAAGUUAGAGAAAAUAAUCAAACUAUGUACAAUAGCUGUAGAAUCGGGUAAAGAAUAUGUUAAAAAUCAAAGUGCAUUUGCAAUGUCCCUCUGGGAUUUGCAACAACAUUUCUCUGAUAAUAAAAGUGCCCAUAAUGCCUUGGGCAAACUGAUACAUUGCUUUCAGGAAAUGAAUAAAUUUCAUACCAUUUUAUUGGAUCAAGCCAGCCGUACCGUAUUAAAAAAUUUAACCGUAUUCGUUAAGGACGACAUUAAUCAAGUGAAAGACUAUAAAGGGCAUUUUCUCAAAGUGUCUGAGGGCUAUGACAAUGCAUUAAUUAAAAAUGCUCAAGCAAGUAAAAAUCGUACCCAAGAAGUACAGGAAGCCGCCAACAUAUUAUCAGCAUCAAAAUCAUGUUUUCAUCAUACGGCAUUAGAUUAUGUCAACUACAUCACUUUGGUUCAGUCCCGUAAAGUACCUUCAAUUUUAUCAACGUUACUUGAUUAUUAUCAAGCCUGCGUAACGUAUUAUCAUCAAGGUUUCGAUUUGUGCCACGAUUUCGAUGUGUUCUUUAAAAGUUUUACAGACGAUUUGAAUGCAAUGCGCGGCGAAUAUCAAAAAUUGGAAAAAGUCAUGCAAAAUCGUCACAUGAGUGUGAAUAGUUUUAGUGAUACAAAUACGAAUAGUACUUCCAAUAAGAUCGAAGGAUAUCUCUUCAAAAAGAAAUCCAAGGGAUUUAAAACGUGGUGUCGUCGUUGGUUUUAUUUGAGCGAUAAUCAAUUGGUGUACAGUGAUUUGGAUUCGAAUUGCAGAAAACGUAGCAACGAGGAUUCAUUUUCUGUGAUGGAAGAAGACUUGCGCCUUUGUACAGUACGUCCCGUCAACGAUGGCGAUCGUCGAUUUUGUUUCGAAGUCAUAUCACCAACCAAGUCUCACGUUUUGCAAGCUGACUCAGCUGAUAUGUUGGCUAUGUGGAUUUCAGCAUUACAGAAAAGUAUUGGUGCAGCUAUACAGCAUGAUCCUCAGCAUUCCAGACCUCAGUCAUCACAGCAUACGAAUCCCUUGAAGAAUGCCAAAAGAAAAGUACACUGGGAACAAUUUUUAAAAAUUCCCGGCAAUUCUAUAUGUUGUGAUUGUCGUGGUGCCGAUCCACGAUGGGCUUCCAUUAAUCUAGGCAUAACACUGUGUAUUGAGUGUUCCGGUGUACAUCGCAGCCUUGGAGUACACUACAGUAAGGUACGUUCGCUGACACUUGAUGCCUGGGAAACGGAAAAUGUCAAAGUAAUGAUGGAACUAGGCAAUGCUGUGGUGAAUCGCAUCUACGAAGCACGUAUUGGUGAAAAUUCCGAUUUGAAACCGGCUACAGAAAAUUGUGAAAUUGCCGUGAGAGAAGCAUGGAUUAAGGCGAAAUAUGUGGAGAAACGUUUUGUAUGCGGUAUGCCUAAGCCCCCGGAAUAUCUGUCAAGUGAAACGGCUGAAGUCUUGUCUAUCGACAGUGGUGGCAAUGAUAUUGGCAAGCGGGCUACUCUAUCGCUGGGUAGUACACGCAAAUGGGCUGUUAAGAAAUUUAGACGUCGCCGCCAUCGUCAACGUAAACGUCAACGCUCCAGUUCGAAAUCAUCUGAUGAUCCUGUAGUCGACGAUGAGGAUGAUGACGACGAUGAUGAAUCGAUAAAUAUACCCUCAAUGUCGUUGAGCAUUUCACGUGAAGAUCUCUUGAUAGUCGGUGAAGAUUUAGGUUUGGAAACCUAUGAAACACCCGGCAUAUUGGGUUCCGAUCAAGAAUCCACCGAAGGAGAAAAUGAACCAGAAGUGAUAUAUGAAGUGCCCUUUUCCAAGUUGGAUGCGAAUCUCAUGUUAUAUCAGGCAUCUGCGGUACACAAUUUACCAGUUAUGUGUAUGGCAUUUGCCUUAGGUGCUGAUAAAAAUUGGCGUAAUCCUGAAGAUCACAAUCGGACGUACUUACAUCAGGCUGUGUUGUCGGGCUCUGUUAUGGCUUGCGAGUAUCUGCUAUUGAAUGGCGUACCCAUCGAUGUUGUUGACGACAAUGGUUAUAGUGCUUUACAUAUAUCAACGGAAAAAGGAUUUAUUGCACAAGUAUAUUUAUUACUUAAACAUAAAGCCAAAUAUGAUCUAAAAGCCAACGAUGGUAAAAAUCCUCUAGAUAUAGCUGUUGAACAACGAAAUGCUGAUAUAGUUACACUUUUACGUUUAACCCGUUUAAAUGAUGAAAUCGGACUAAAUGACGAAGGUAAUGGCGAGGAUGAAACCUACAAAGAUGUUAUGAAGGAUUUUUCCAAUUUCACAUCCAGUCAACCGCGUAUGUUGCGAAAUCGCAACGAUUCAAAUACACUGGAAUCUCAACGUUCUUCCAUGACCAAUUCGGAUUGAUGUCACAACAAAACAAAAAGACCCCCGUUAUGUCUUAAUGAAAUUAAGAAU